CACAUUUUUUGAACUCUCUCAUCACUAUUAGAACAGGGAUUUUCUUUUUUUCCUCUCGUCUGAUCAUCUGAGGCUAUCAUUGCGCGGCGAGGAUGCAGGGGAAGGAGGCGAGCUUUUGCACGGGAUGCUGGAGACUAACGCUGCUGUCGUGCGUCCUGGCUCUGCACUUGAUCCCGCUGUCUGUCCACGGGAACGUAGUCGGGGCCAAUGCCACCGAGCCAGACAGCACGGCCAAUGUGACGCUGCCUAACGAGGAGGAGGGGCCUGUCAAGGCCAACGAGAUAAGUUUCUCAGCAAGUCCCGCCACGAUCAGCACUGUGACCCCGAGGGCGGGCCGGAUCCCCCGUGCCGGUGAGGAGGAGGAGCAGAGCAGCGGCAUGUUCGGUGAGACGCUGGUUCCUGCAGUGGAGGAAGUGGGCGUGGCGGCCCCGCCUCAGCUCAGCCCUGAUUCGGCUGAGACGGAGCACCUGCUGCCUGGCAACCCACGCGGGCCGGAAGUGAUGGAAGGCGAGGAGGAGGAGGAUGAGGAGGAAGAGCGUCUGCCACACACUGAACCACCUUGGAGUCCCGCCAAGGACACAGCCGUGUUUGAUCUGGAUCACCUUUUCACCACCAUCGCCCCUCCCUCGGUCGCCACCAACCCAUCUAACCCCGACGUCCUCCAUGUGGACUUCUUCGACCCUUCCUCUCGUGGGCGCAGCCUUGACCUGGCCCCGCCCUCUCCUUCAUCACUGGCCCAUGAGCUGCAGGGUGGUGACCCGACCUCCUGGGCGAUGCCGGACAACUACGACUACCUCACACCCUACGAAGAUGGCGUGUCCCCCACUGCUGAUGAGUACACCUACAGCACCACGACCGAUGCCUACGAGAGCGAUGAAGACCUCCGGAUCUCCGCUGGGUCUCCAGCUCGCUCCAGGCCCCGGGCCCCAGGGUCUGGCUCCUUCAUCCCUGGAGCGUCACUUCCUGGCGCCGGAGCUCCGGUACCAAACGUCCCUGUGGCGGCUCCCCCGGCGGCCUCGCCAGUGGACGGCUCAGACGGGAUGGGUGGAUGCCGCGUGGGCUACCAGAUGGUGAACGGAAGUUGCCGCUCGCCCUGCGACACGCUGCCCAACUACUGCUUCAACGGGGGACAAUGCUACCUGCUGGAGGGCAUGGGAGUCUUCUGCAGAUGUAACGUCCAGGAUUACAUCUGGCACAAGGGUGCCCGCUGCGAGUCGGUGGUGACCGAGUUCCAGGUGAUGUGUCUGGCCGUGGGCGCCUCGGCUCUGGUGGUCCUGCUGCUCUUCAUGAUCAUCGUCUGCUUCGCCAAGAAGCUCCACGUGCUCAAGACGGAGAACAAGAAGCUGCGAAAGCGCAGCAGUAAGUACCGGCCUACAUCGGAGCAGCACAAUGAUAAUUUCUCGCUGUCCACCAUCGCUGAGGGCUCCCACCCAAAUGUAAGGAAACUGUGCGACACCCCUCCUAACGUCCCUCAUGCCCGUGCAUUGGCUUACUAUGAUAACAUUAUCUGUCAGGAUGAUCCUAAUUCCCAGAACAAGCUGGAGGACCCGGUGAAGGCCCCGACCAAGGAGGACGACUCCCUCAACAUCCACAACUCUCUGACCCCCAAACACGAGAACCACAAGGUCCUGGGCGAGGAGAACUCCUCGGAGGUAAACUCACUGCAGAACAACAUGAUGUGAAAACAAAACAAAAAACAAAACCACCCAGCAACCUGACCACACGACACCGAAAACGACAAGGUGCGCCGGCAACGGGAGCCCCCAAAUCCCUCCCCGCUCCCCGUCCGUCCGCUGCCGAGUGCGCCUAACCGGUCAACCAACCAACCAGCCUGCCAACGUACCAGCCAACCCAGUCUGCAACCGUCUCAGACACGGCAACACUGCCACCGAGCGGCCUGGGCCGCCGCAAAAAUCGUACACCACCACCACCACCGCCACUGCCCCAGCUGAGAGUAACCCUCCACCCAGCCUCACCCUGCCGCCGCCUUGCAACCCCCCCUUACGUCCACUCACGCCCUGUUUCGCAGCCCUGCCCCCCUUGUUGCUGUCACUCUACUUCCCUUAUCUCUCUUACCUGCACACACACACACACACACACACACACACACACACAGCGAAAAGAUGAAAACAUAAACACGGAUAUAUGUAUACACACACACACACACACACACACACACACACACACACACACACACCUUCCCCUGCCUGCAUUGGUGUAUUUUGUAAAAAGAAAGAAAUCAUACAGAAGUUUAAAACGUACGUAAAACGUCAUUGUAAAAAAAAAAAAAACUUAAGAUAAAGCUACUGAGAGGUUUUGAUGUUUGUCUGACUAAUCCAGUGAGUAUGUAUAAAUAUUGGAAAAAAAAAAUUGCUUGGAUUGAUUUAAAAAGAAGCAACACAAUGUGUCUUGGUUUUCAUUGAUGUGAUUUCUAAUCCUUUGAUGUACUUGUUUUUUUGUUUUUUUUGUACUUUUUUGGGACUUGGAACAGAGAAUAAACAAACAAG